AUGCAUAUUUCGAUUUUCGUUGACAAGAAAGACGAACAGGAUCAAAAAGCAAAUGCAAUGCUGGUACAGCAUGUGUUUAUAAUCAAUCGAGCAGGCAGUCUCAUCUAUGACUGGGAUAGCAAGGACGAUUGCGCAACCGUCGAAAAGACAUUCAGUUACCCGCUUGAUAUUGUUCUCGAUAUUGUCGACCAGAAAGUGACCGUUGUUUUUGGGGAACGUGAUGGAAUUGGACUGAGAUACACAGUAUGUGCAGUGAAUGGUGCACCGGUGCAGGCAUGCAGAGUGAUGUUUGCUGGCGCUGAGAAGCUUGUGCUGGAUAUUAUUCAGGAUGAGGCGAACUACCCAUUAAGUCUACGUUUCCAACCGCCAACAAUAUCAACAAAUGAGAAAAUCAUUCUCUCAAGCACCUUCCAUUCACUGUACACAAUUGCGGCACAGUUGAGCCCAGUUUCGAAAAGUUCCGGCAUCGAAGUGCUAACAACCAACCAGUUCAAGCUGUAUUGUUAUCAGUCGACAACAGGAGUGAAAUUUGUUGUGGUUGGUUCGCUGUCAUUGAGCACAGGCGUGGACGCCCUGUGCCAAAGGUUUGACGAAGCAAUUCGAAGUCUCAUCGAACGGCAGGACAAAUUCAAUAUGCUCACUAUAUGA